UGGGCUGCCUGCAGCGGAGUGCGCAAACCUAACCACUUGGCCACGGGGCGAGCCCCUGGUUUUAGGUUUUAAAAAUAUUUAACAUUGCCUAGGGACACAAGGGAAGGGGGAGAAGUUACCAGAAGAGGUAAUCUUUAAGUGGUCACUGACCCCAAAAGUCUGAGCUCUGAGGGCCUAAAAGCAGGAAAGACUUAAAAUAUAAAUCAGAUCACAUCCCUCUGGCCCAAGUGGCCUUAUUUCAGUUCAAAACACCAAAUUUAUUCCCACAUAGGGCCUUUUCAUUUGCUGUCUCUGCUGGCUGAAUGCCCUUUCCCUGUUUUUUCCAGUUGUCUAUCAUUCAAAGCUCAGUGCAAAUGGCUCUUCCUAAUGGAGAGGCAUCCUCUACUCAUAUCAUUUAAUACUGCUUCGCUUCCAUCAUACUCUGUCAUGCGACCCUCCUCUGCCUUCUUCACAGCAAUCACUCUCUGAAAUCCUUCUUUGCUUGUUUGUUAUCUGUCCUCUCCACUAGAAUAUACAUUUAUGAGAAUCAAGGACCUUGUCGGACCUGUGUUCUGUUGUAUCUCUAGUGCCCAACAGUGCCUGGCAUGUGGCAGAUGCUCCAAAAUAUUUGAUAAAUAAACAAAACUAGGACAGGCUUUUGUAGCCAGUGCUACAUGUCCGGGGGGAAAAUUUUUUUAAAAGCACAACAAAUGAUUCCUACCUUCAAGGGGCCUACAUUUGUAUUAUGGAACAAUAUUAAUAAUCAUACAGUGGUCUAAUGAAAUAGAAUGGAGAGGCCUCCAUCUUUUACUUUCACCAUUCGUAGCUACUGGCAGAAUGGUUUUAAAUGCAGACAUUUGCACAGUGAAUUUCUUCUUGUUCUUUUACUCAGUCUGCACCUCUUAAUUGCUUUAGAAAUCUGUCUCCUUUCCUCAUGCAGGAAAUAGCUCCACCAUAACCUAUAUUUAGGCAACUUGCUUCUUCAAUGUACAGAUGAAUUCACUAUUCAUUCACUGAAUAAAAAAGUACUGAGGGUCUAUCAUGUGCCAGACACCAUUCUAAGUGAACACAGCAGCAAAGAAAACAGACAGGGUCUCUUAUUUCUAGUGAUAGUGAAGGGCAAGAAAAAAAAAAAGACAUGGGACGUCACUGAAAGCCAAAGCAUGGAACAAGACUGCUGGACUUAAUUAACAUGAGGAAGCUCCCCUUUUGUUCAAUGGUGAUGGAAGAGAGUGAGAUUUAGAAAGGGACUGAAGAAAACACUUGCUCGUUCAUUCAACAAAUUACUAUUGACAUCUUCUAUGUGACAGGUAACCUGCAAGGUUGUGUAGAUGCAAGGUAGUUGAUUCACAAGCAUAUAAUAUUCUAGUGUGGGAGAUAAUAAAACAGACCAAAAAAACCAGUGAUGAAUGCUCUACAGAGCAAACAGGUAAUGUCACUAGUACUUUACCAAGGGAAGGGGAACAAAGAAAGACUGAGAAGGUAACAUUUAACCAAAGCCUGAAUGAUGAGAAGCAACCAGCCUUUCAAAGACUGGGCAAAGAAUGUUCUAGUCACAAGGAACUUCCAGUGCAAAGGGUCUAAGGCAGUAAUGAACUAGGACUAUUCAAAGGACAGAAGGCAUGUGUGGCUGGAGCAGAGGGGGCAGAAAGAAUGAUUAGGAGAUGACAGGAGAGGGAAGACAAGGGUCAUCAUGUAGGACUUAGGCUACUGUCUGGAGAAUGGAUUGAGAGGCUCAAGAGUGAAAGCUGGGAGACCAGUGAGGAGAGGCCAUUGUAAUGAUAGCCUAGACCAGGGUGGUAGCAGUAAAGAUGGAGGGGCACCAACCGAUUAGGAAAUACUGUUGACCUUACAGUGCAGUUUCCCUCUAAGUCACACCUGAUCUGUGAUGUUAUUGCAUUCCCAUGCUUUGGGGGGUAGGGGUGUCACUUUCCCAAUAAAGGCCCCCAAAGCAUAAGGUGCUGUGGGGUAUAGCUUACAACCACCCAGCCACACCUAUACUUUUAAAUUCUUGAAAUUUUGCUUUGAAUAAGCCACGGAUGCCAAGUCCACGACAAAGAAGCUUUUUGAGAAUAGGAAGGGUUCAAUCACUUGAGAGAGGUUUAGAGCUCCCCUUCUUGGUUUCACUUCCCAGCAAUGGGUGCAAACUAAGAAAAUAAAAUGACUGGGCCUCUCUCAACACUUGCCCAUCUCGUAGUUAAAAGCUGCCAGUGGGUGAAGACACGUGCAUGAGGAGGGGGCAGGGACUGCAUUCAGCCUUCAACAUUUCCAACGUCCAUUUACCCAGGCCAGGACCCCAAAUUCUGUAAAUGGGUAGGUUGGAGGGGGGUAUUAGUGGCAAAUCCUUCCAUGUCUUGACCCGAUUUUACUGAUUUUGUCCCCAGGCCCAAGAUAUUCCUUACAGGGUGGUUGAACUGAAGCUUAUUCUUAACGCUUGCACUUUACAAGGAGAUGCAGGAUAGCUGGACACUGUUUGCAUAUUGCAAAGCAGGCUGCAAUCCACACCAAAGGGAGAGGGGCAGAGACAUGCGUACUAACACGUCGGGUUCCCGCCCCCCCACAGCCGGGAGGCGGGUGACGUCCGCCUCGCACCGCCCUCUGGGUCUCCCACUUGGGACUCCAGGAUUGGAUCUCGCCCGGCACCGCCCUCUCCCCGUGGGUGAGGGGAAGGGGCACCCAGUCCCCUCGGCUCCAUCUCUGCAGCUCUUUUGCAAAAGAGGAAGCAAGUACAAAUACCGCAAGGGCAAGGGUGCGCCGGACCCUGGAUCGUGUAUGCCCCGUGGUCAUGAUACGGCCCCGGCCCAGCCCUAUAUGAUGGUGGGAAGCCCCGGGAUCGUCGCUACGGACCACCACCCGCCAGCCCUCAGGCCCCUGCGUCCCCCACGGGUCUUUUCUGCAAUACAGUGGAUACAAUUUGUUAUGGCUACUCUGAGUGUUAUAGGUUCAAGUUCACUUAUUGCCUAUAUUGUCUUCCAGAAUAUACAGAAAUCUCCAGAGAUAAGGCCACUCUUUUAUCUGAGCUUCUCUGACCUCCUCCUGGGGAUAUGCUGGCUCAUUGAGGCACUUCUCUAUGGAACUUCCGUAGUCAAUAAGGACAUUGUCUGCUAUAACCUGCAAGCAGUUGGACAGAUAUUCUACAUUUCCUCAUUUCUCUACACUGUCAAUUACAUCUGGUAUUUAUACAAAGAGCUGAGGAUGAAACACAAGCUGCAUGGACAGAGCACAUUUCCACCGGUUAUAGAUUAUACUUGUCAGGUUGGCCAAAUAGCCAUCAUUUUGUCAAGCCUGAUACCUCUACUGUUGAUGAUACCUGUAUUCUGUCUGGGCAAUGCCAGUGAAUGUUUCCACAACUUCAGCCAGAGCCACAGAUGUAUCCUGAUGUACUCACCACCAUCAGCCAUGGCUGAACUCUUGCCUUCUGCCGACGCAUCAGUCUGUAGCACACUUUAUUUUUAUGGGCUCACCAUUUUCCUAGCCAGCUUUCUACUCAGCCUCCUCACCAUUGUGGUCUUACUCAUCCAAGCCCAGACACUGUAUAAGAAGUUUGUGAAAUCCACUGGCUUUCUGGGGAGUGAACAGUGGGCAGUGAUUCACAUCAUGGAGCAGCGAGUGCGCUUCUACCCAGUGGCCUUCUUUUGCUGCUGGGGCCCGGCUGUCAUUCUGAUGAUCGUAAAGCUGACUAAACCACAGGACACCAAGCUUCACAUGGCCCUCUAUGUUCUCCAGGAUACCAUCCUUCACCUUCUACUUGUCAGCCGUGUCUAUGACUUCAAAAAACUCUGCACCCCAACACCAUGUGUCCUGCAUGGCGAACUAGGUAAGUCUUUGAUAUUUUGGGGGUUUUUUUGGUUUGUUUUUUUGAGGAAGACUAGCCCUGAGCGAACGUCCAUGUCCAUCUUCCUCUAUUUUUUAUGUGGGAUGCCUGCCACAGCAUGGCUUAAUAAGCAGUGCAUGGUCUGUGCCUGCGAUCUGGGCUGGUGAACCCUGGGCUGCCUAAGCGGAGCAUGCCAUCUUAACUGCUGUGCCACUGGGCCAGCCCAUAUUUGAUGUUUUUUAAUGCAUGGGAGCCUUUGGAUGUUUUCACAUAGCAGCCUCCCACAUUUUACAUCUUUGGCCUUGCACUUGCUGACGAUUUUAAACAUCUGUUUAGAUUCACUGCCACGAUUUCCAAACCUGUCUUCCUUGGUAUUCAUGUAAUGAUAACAACUUUCCUGGGCAACUUUCCAAAGACUUUAACACACUGAUUCUCUAGGCUUCAGUAGGGGCUCUGUUAACAACAACCUUGUUCUUUGCAAAGUGUGCCAUCUUGCUUUUAGGUAUCUGUCUGGUACCACUUAGAGGUGCCAUUAUAGUAUUCUGGGAGAUCACACUCAUCCAUGCUGAGGUGACAGGAUGUGGUUGCCUUUAGAAAUUUGCAGUUUUUGCAGCACGAUCCAAAUGCACAAUCUGAACCCUUCUUUAACUGGCAUGAGGGCAGACAGCAGUAAUCCUUUUGACAAUCAAAGACACUGCCAUAAUCACAUUCUUCUCCUUUAUCUACUAUUGUAUUCCCACGAUAUGGCUUUCCAAAGGAGCUUUGGAGCUCAGCUUUAUUAAAUAGGCAGUCCCCUCUGUGCUUAUGCAACAGCUAGUGGAGGUAGUAGAAGCUGCAGUUGCUGAAGCCCCUAUCUACGGUAGUAAAUUCAUGCAUAGUGCAGAGGUUUGGCAAUGUUACUUGCAGGCCACAUGGUGAUGCUUCAUUCCCAAAUUGUGGCUAAGAUCAUGAGCCAUGAGAGCUGUGAAAUGUGGUAUAUCUUUAUGAGAGAAAGAUUCAACACUGCUUGCUUUCUUGGCAGUGUAGAUACCUCUAAAAAAUGCAUGGCCCUGGUACUUCCCAAGACUUUGGCCAAUAAUCGUAUGAGCAACAUCAUGCUUCACCCUUCUCAAAAGAUGCCAGUCUCUCUGGCGAUUAAAAUUUUGAAGUGUUUCCUGCAAAUUUCAGGAUUUGCAUUAAGUUUAUCUCUGUUCAUUUCUCUAACCCAGUAAGCACUACUUUCACAUUUAGCUCCUUCAUGUACCUGUUGACCAGAGCAUGGAUAUCCAUUACCAUCAUUUGUGUUGUUUUGGUUACACUAUUAUUCCACAUUUGAGACCACUUACUGUCAACAACAGUAAACAUUUCCACAUACUUGGGAAGUGACCACGUAUAGGGCAUAGGAACUAAGGAGGGUCUGUUCUCCUCCGAAGUUGUAAAGUGGUUAAGAGCUCUUCCUGUUCGUCUCCACUGAUUGCAUAAGUCUCACUUAAUUUUAACAAUAUGCUGUAAACCAUAUGUUCAGAAUUCUUUGACGAAUAUAUAGGCUUGAUGCCAAAGACAGUAUGAUGUAGGAUCAGGAUUACCUUUAGCCCUGAGCAAGUGCUGAUAGUCACAAGAGAAUCCAGGUCACUCUCUGAAUACCCAGUCAUCCUGAUAAAAGAUAUGUCCAAACCUAGUUUCCCAUUUUGAUGUGUAUAAACAGAGAAAUUCUUGACAAAUAAUUCUUUUGCUUUAAAUUAAUAAUAUGCCAUUUCCCUUUUAUGAGCAAGACAUAGGACACCUUUUCUGCUUUUUUCCCCCAAUCCUCUGAACUUCACAAUUUUCUAGGGAUGACUAUUUGGUAAUAAAGAGAUUCCCACUUACAAUGCAUCCCAUGAAGAAUAGUCACUAUCAGCAAUAAGAUGAUAAACAGCUUAAUAUGAGAAGGGCCCUUUCUUAAAUGCCCCAUCCAAGGAUUCCUGGAAGAAAAAUUACUCCAAACCUUGCCCAUGGCCACUUGAUUUCGUAGAAGAAAGGCCAAUGGGGAGACAAAGUUUACUAACCAGGGUUGUCAUUGUUGUGACCCAAGUGAAACAGCUAAUGAAUUUGAACAUGUUUUAAUAUGUCUAAGGGCCAUUUUUAUAUUUUUAAUAAUUGUUCAUGUCUUUUCUGCUUUUCCUGUCAAACUUCUGGU